CUUUUCACCACCACCUCCACUACUAACUCCACGACUACCUCCGCAAUCACUCAGACACAAUGUCUAGCGCUUGGACCAACAUGUUCCCGCCGAAGCCGACGUGGAGCGUAGACGAAAUCCCGGAUCUAACGGGCAAGGUCAUGCUCGUCACAGGCGGCAAUGCAGGUAUUGGGAAGGAAACCGUAAAGGCACUCUUGAACCAUAACGCGAAGGUGUGGAUUGCGGGUCGCAACCCGAAGAGGGUCGCGGAAGCCGUUGAAGACCUACGCAAAGAGACAGGGAAGGUAGCGUUGGUCCUGCAUAUGGACCUCGCCGAUCUCCAGUCGAUCAAACGUGCGGUCGCGGAAUUCCUCAGCAAGGAAACCCGUCUGGACGUUCUCUUCAACAGCGGCGGGGUCAUGACCCCGCCCAUCGAGCAGACCACGAAGGACGGUUUUGAUUUGCAGUUCGGCACCAACGUGAUCGGCCACUUUUAUCUCACAAAGCUACUGCUUCCGCUCCUAAUUGAGUCGGCAAAGACGGCCCCGGAUGGGAAGGUGCGCGUGGUGAACACGUCGUCUGGGGCGCACAACAUGGCGUCCGGCCUCGACUUCGACCUAUACCGGGACAGCCCGAAGCGCCUCAAGGCGGGCUCGAUGAAGUUGUACGCUCAGAGCAAGUUUGCCACGGUGGUGUUCUCGAACGAGCUGCACCGGAGGUACGGGAACCAGGGCAUCGUCUCCACAUCCCUUAACCCGGGCAACUUGAAGACCGAGCUGCAGCGGAACGGGUCGAAGAUAACGACGCUCCUCUCCAAACCCCUGCUGUUCCCGGCUCCGAUGGGCGCGCUUACCCAACUGUAUGCGGGAACCAUGCCUCAGGCUGCGCGUCUCGGCGGGCAGUACCUUAUUCCGUGGGCGCGGGAGGGGCUCGCGAAGAAGGAGACCGACAACGUCGAGCUCGGGCGGACGCUCUGGAUCUGGCUGGAAGACGCGGUGAAGGAUGUUUGAUUUUGUAUAUGCGAUCAUGUGUGUAUUCGGACGUCGCGGGAACGCGAUUAUUUAUCUCACGUCAGGGUGUACAUGCAGUCUGCACCGCCAUCGAUUUCAUG